AUGGAGUCGAUGGCAUCGCCGCCUCCGUUGUUAGUUGGCAUAAUGGGAGGAGUUAUUACCGCCUCCGAAAAUAACAUCACUGAACGCUCGCAUUCUUCGUCCAUUAAGAAUGUCAAGCCGAGUAUAAUAAUAAUAAUUUUGAUCCUUUCCGCAACCGUGAUUGUUUCCGUCUCUCUUUGUCUCCUCCUUCGCCACCUCAACCGCCGUUGCUUGCGUCACUUCUCUCGUUCAUCUACUUCCACUAUAACCGCCGCUGCCAGCCACCGUGUUAGUCCCGAAAGAUCGCUUACGGCUUCGUUGCUUGACACUCUUCCUCUUUUUACCUUCUCUUCCAUUACUCGCCACUCCAACAACGAUUCAACGGUUUCCGGAGAUUGCGCGGUUUGUUUGUCAAAAUUUGAGCCGCAGGAUCAACUCAGGCUUCUUCCUCUCUGUUGUCACGCCUUCCACUCUCAUUGCAUUGAUACUUGGCUCACUUCAAACCAAACUUGUCCUUUAUGUCGCUCUCCGCUCCUCGCUUCUGAGGCCGAUCUUAUGAAGAUUUUGCUUCAGUCUUCUAACGCAGCCGGUGCCAUUGGAAGUGGCGGAAGCGAUAGUUUCAGGCUCGAGAUUGGCUCUAUCAGUCGUCGGCAACCAGGCUCCGACUCCGGUGAGCAGAGAAUGGCUUAUUCCAUUGGCUCUUUCGAUUACAUCGUCGAGGAAGAAUCAGAGGUGAAUAGUAAUCAAACGCAAUGGAGAAACGUGUCGGAUAAGGAAGAGGUUGGAGGAGCUGAGGCAGCUUCGGAAGCGAGCCUCGCUGCAGAGGUUGCUACUGGAAGGGGUUGGCUUAAGGAAUACGUGGAUAGGCUCUCAUCUUCGUUAUCGUCUCGUGCGUUGUCGUUUCGUAGCUCAGGAAGGUUCUUUACGGGGAGCAGUCGCCGAAGCGAAAUCUCCGGCGCCGCUGGAGAUUAUGACGUGGAAGCCAAUCGAAUCGGCGAAGAGAUCAGCGAAAUGUUUCGUUGGUUCUCAGGGGUAUGAAUGGUAAAUAGGGGUUCAAAAUAGGGGUAUUUCUGCAUUUUUGGCUUUUUAGUUCAAUUAGUUCACUCUAUUUUUUGCUCAUUCCACUCCAUAGGCG